GGGGAUUAGAGCUGAGAGCAGUCCCAGCACGAUGACAGCAUCCAGCUCAUAGCCAGCUCCUCCACCAUCACCACCACCGUCUGGACCGGGUGGAAUUUUUCCUGAAAUCUUCCUCCCUGGAAUUCUCCUCAUCACCCCCCGGAUCUGUUUUGGAGGGGCCGGGGGGAAUACCCCUCCUUCCUCUCCACCAUCAGACACCCGGUCCGUCUCCUCAGAUCACGAGGUGGCCCCGCCCGAUUGGGACUGGGCCCUGAUGAUCAGAGGGACCCUCUCCACCACUUCUCAGCCAGUCCUGGAGGGGUUACAGAGCUGAUGUCUCAGAGGACGAGGGUGUGUGUUCGUUUUAGGGCCUUGAAGAGACAAACCACAACACGAUAAAUGGAGGAGAAGGAACGAAGCAGGAGCAGGUCUCCGGCUCGGAGGGGCAGUCGGGUGCAGCAGGUGGUGGGAACCAUAAUACGGCGCACUCGAGAGUCCCUGAGCAGAGAACGAUUGCUAGGCGAUGGGAGGUCGCAGCGCUCCAACAGUGUGAACAGUCAGAGCUUCCAGGCCAAACUCACGCUGCAGAUCACCAGAGAUCCCGUCCUGGACCGCAGCACCGGACAUGGUUUCACCCUCACCGCAGACACGGCCCUGCUGGUCAGGGACGUCUCCGCAGGGAGCCCUGCAGAUGGGAUCUUAUACCCAGGAGACCAGGUGCUGCAGAUAAACGAUAAAGUGAUGGAGGAUCUGAGUGUGGAGCAGGUGGAGAACAUCAUGAGAGACUUGGAGGACUGUAUCAAUGUGACUAUCCUGCGGCACAUGACAAAUCCAAAGUCGUCCAUCAUGUCGGCAGAGAAGAGAGCUCGCCUGAGGAGUAAUCCAGUUAAAGUGCGCUUCGCCGAGGAGGUGGUGGUCAAUGGGCACACUCAGGGAAACUCUCUCCUCUUCCUCCCCAACGUCCUAAAAGUAUAUCUUGAGAAUGGGCAGACCAAGGCCUUCAAAUUCGACAUUACCACUACUGUGAAGGACAUUGUUCUGACUCUGAAGGAUAAACUGUCCAUCCGGGCGAUUGAGUACUUUGCCCUUGUCCUAGAGCAACAGUACAGCAUCACCAAACUCCUGCUGCUGCAUGAAGAUGAGCUCAUACAAAAGGUGGUGCAGAAAAAGGACUCGCAUGAUUACAGAUGUCUGUUCAGGGUUUGUUUUGUUCCGAAGGACCCCAUGGAUCUGCUGCAGGAUGACCCCAUGACCUUUGAGUACCUCUUUUUACAGAGUGUCGGAGACGUGCUGCAGGAGCGUUUUGCUGUGGAGAUGAAGUGUAACACUGCGCUCCGCCUGGCUGCCCUGCAUAUGCAUGAGAGACUAGAUAGCUGUGGACAGACCCGGACGUCUAUCAAGAGCAUAACGAAGGAGUUGGGCCUGGACAGCUUCAUCUCUCCUACGCUGCUGAGCAACAUGAGGGAAAGGGACUUGAGGAAGGCAAUCAGCUACCACCUCAAAAAGAUCCAGUCUUUGCUAGAACCACGGCAGAAGGUUAUAUCAGCCACGCAGGCCCGAUUGGCCUACCUCACUCAGCUUGGAGAGCUCAUUUCUUUUGGAGGACGGUCUUACACAGCUACCAUGAUGCUUCAGGACAGGGAAAUGCUGGUUAGCCUGCUAGUUGGAGCCAAGUAUGGGAUGAGCCAGGUCAUCAACCACAAGCUCAACAUGAUCUCUACGCUGGUUGAGUUCAGCAACAUCAGCCGAGUGGAGCUGCUAUCAGAAUCCGACAAAGUUAGCCUACUGCGCAUUUCACUACAUGACAUGAAGCCAUUUGCCUUACUGAUGGAUUCUCAGGCAGCCAAAGACUUAGGGUGUCUACUGGGAGGUUACUGCAAGCUCCUGGUGGAUCCAAGUGUUAAUGUCUUCCGUCUGGGGCGCCCAAAAGUGAGGGUGCACCGGAUUCCUGCUGAAGAAGGUGUGUGUGGGAAGUUCGCUGUAAUAGAGGGCGUGUGCUAUGAAUCCCUAUCAAGUUAUGUAUCUCGCUGCUGUAGUGACUCAGAUGACUCCACAGAUGAAGAUGACCCAAUGGACUCUCAAAGCUACAAAGGUUCAGACCCAGCAAGUCAGGACUGGGAGGAAAGGAGGAGAGAGGAAGAAGUGAAGAGGAAAGAGGAAGAGAGGAGAGAGAGAGAAGAGUACAAAGGCAAACAGGAAGUUAAAAUAAUUGUGACAACAGAGGGCAAAGAAAAUGAGAGUGAAGAGGAUGGAGGAGCAACAGGAAGUGGUUUGCGUAAAUUCAAAGUCACGGAUGAAGAAAUGAACAGCUGGUACCACACUGACCCACGGGUCACCAGCAGUUUCUCCAGCUUGUCCAGCAGUUCUUUGAGUGCUGCCCUUGAAGACAGCAGCACUUCAGCUAAAUCCCCCUCUCGCUUAGAUCCUCUUCGUGGACCACGCACAGGCGAGGAUCUUUCAGACUCGGACAGUCACCACCUUUACCUCCUGGAGCCAAAACGUCAAGGGCCCAUGCGACCCACCAACUUGAAUUACCGUGGCAAUGAUAACUCAUGUCUCUGCUUUGCUGAACUCUCCAAGGCUGAUUUCCUGUCUAGCCCUUCUGGGGCUACAAGUGAUGAUGAUGAUGAGGAGGAGGAAGAUUCGGGAGUCCAGACACUCAGACGCAUUUCUAAAAUACCUAGUUCAAGAGAUCUGAGAAUGAUUGACAGCACACCUUUUGAAAGAUUGCCCAUUAAGAGAAAGAAGAAGACUCCUCCCAAAGUUCCAGUAAGAACAAGUUCAAUUCCUGGAAAUAAAGCAGGACGAGCUGAGCAUCGCCUUUCUAAGGAUGAAGAGGGUCUAUUUCUCACUCCUUCACCCAACCCCAAACCAGCACUUUUGGUAAAGGACGAUGUCUCCGAUUCAGAAGAUGAGUUCUUUGAUGCACGGGAGAGAUUUACUCCACCAGUUCCUGACCUGUCAGAUGCUGAACUAGCUGAUCGGCGAAAUGCUAAUCGUUUGAGUGGAACCUGGAAUGGUCAACCAAUAGCUGGGAAAGAACCAUCAUCUUCUCGUGCCAAUACAACUCAGUCCCAUAAAACUACAAAAGAAUCAGAGAUAUUAAAAGACCCAGAAAAUGAACUCAUCAACAAACAACCUAGCUUUUCAAAAAAACCUGAAGUUAAGAUCAAACCCCCACUGGCACCUAAGCCCCACCUGCCUCCCAAACCUCAGAUAGUUCCCCCCAAGUCACCGCAACAUGGAAGAGCAUAUGCCCAAUGCAAUGGGGAUGCCUCUGGACAUCUGUCUUCUGAACUCUUGGAAAUGGAACCAGACACAAUGGAAUUUAAGUCUGUCACAUUGGGUGGAUUGUCUCCGUCAUCAUCCUUGAUCACUGCGGUGAGGAAUAGUAAACAGUGUCCACAAGCCACAACAUUGCAACCAGAGGAAAAGGCAAAACGACAAGAAAACAGCCCAAAACAAAAUAAAAAUCUUGUUCGUGAAAAUGGAUCACAUGUUUCCAAAGAUAAAGAACUGAUUCCUAAUGAAAAGGAAACUUCAAAAGUUGAAAGGAAAAUCAGUGGCGCUAACAUACUGACAAGAAAAGCACCAAACCCGCCUACGGUCUCUCGCUCUAAUUCAGGUACAAAGCCAGCUGUUCCUCCUCCAGUCCCACCCAAACCCACUUCUACCAUCAAUUUCCACCCAUUGUCUCUGCCUGCUAGCUCUCCUGUUUCUCCAACUGACCCAAGCAAAGGGAUCUUUAAAGAUGCUGUCUGUCCACCAAAUGGAAUCCAUCCCUGGAGCAGCCGCAAUGGCAGCAUCCAGUCAGGACCUCGGAGGGUUUCUUUGAGCCAUGAGAACCUAUCACCAAAAGAUACGGACACACCACUCACUAUUACCACCUCACCUAGCUCAGCCAACUCUAAAGGUGUUGAGGACCUAGAAAGUAAAGAACCUGGACUAUCUGGUUCACGGUCUGACCUGAGAACUAGUUCUUCCAGUCUUGGAGGCAGACUACCAGCCACUGCUUUGAGAGGGAAGAUCCAAUCCUUGCCUUGGUACAUGACACGUUCCCAGGAGAUCCUAGGAACCCCUGACUAUCCCUCCACAAGCUCCAUUAAUGGGGACACAUCUGGCUUUGGGUCUGGUUUGUCUGUUGCAAGUGGUUUAUCAGAUUUAAACAAAACCCCCGUCAAGGACAAAGAGACAGUUGCCUUAAAAUAUGUUAGUAAAGGAAACAUUUUAGAUGAUGGAGCUGAGGUUGUCAUAGCAAUUAUCAAAGAGGCUCAGGAAGUAAGUUCACAUAUGAAAAAGGCCAAUGGAACGAACGGCUCACACCCUAAUCUGAGCUUUAGAGGAAACAGUUUCCACAGUGGCGGUGUUUCAUCAGAGCAGCCACAGUCACGUCCACAUUCAGCAGUGGGGUUGGGAGGUGUUACUAGCAUGCAGAUUGGAGGUGACUCACCAACCUCCUCAACAGCAGACACUACUCCGCCACAGCAACAUCGGGAGGCUUGUGGCUGUCGCACAGUUUAUGCCAACUGCUUUAGUGGAGACACUGAGGAUGGCAUUAGCUUUGAUGAGGAGCUCACUGUCUAUGAGUUUUCCCGCCGCAUACGCCCCAAACCUGACCAAACUGCCACCGCCCCUUCUCCAACAACACCUCCUUCAAAACCCAAUAUACUGUCUAUGUUGAGGGACAACCCACGUCCACUGUCCACGUUCUCCACCACAUCUUCUGAACUGAGUCCUCUUGUUUCGUGUCCAGGCUCAUCCACAGUUUCACUUGGUGGUCCUCUUCGUUCCCUCACCAACAAGAACUAUGGAGGGUUAAAGGGAGGUUUUGCUUCUCUACGUGAAGAUAUAGAUCAGCUUAUUUUAGUGUUAGAAAGGGAAUCCCGUGAUCAGUUCAAACAAGGUUCAAAAUUAGAAAGCACAGGUGUAAAAAUAGGGCCUGACCUAAAUCACAAUGCAACUGAAGACAAUACUUUGUCGAUGGGAAUUCAAAAUUGUACUGGGACAAGUCCUGCCACCAUGACAGAGCCUGAGAGGAGACUUCUCCAAGCAGAGGCUCGACGAUUGGCAUCUGGGUGUCAACGAGCUACACGUGUCGGCUGGGCUCCGGAUGAAGCACUACGUUCUUUAUCCAACAGCUUCAGUGCGCUGGUUCAGCUGACAGCAGCCUGCCUGCAAACAAAUCCCUGUCCUGGUUGUAACGUCUGCCAAAAAGCAAGGCAGGUCUGCAGGGGUGAUGAUGAUGAUGGGCAGCAGCCUAUGGAAAAGCUAAAAGAGAUAGUCGGUCUGUAUCGAGAGUUUGUUGGAGCUGUUGAAACAGCUGGAACUGGUGCUGCAGUUGGGAGUAAGUCUGGGUCUGGACAGGGUCAAGGAGAGACGGAUGGAGUGAGGCUACUAGCCAAACGCUGCACUGUGCUCAUCUCAUCAGUAUUUGCGCUCACACAACUCUUCCGAACACCCGCACUGGAAGCCACAGACACACCUGGACACGUACCUCUUAAUUUUUGACCUGUGAACAUUUAUUGCCAACUGACUGUAGAAGUGUGAUAUGAAGAAACAACACAGAGCAAACUGAUCUGUAACUCUCGUAUUUUUGUACAAGUGCCACUCGCAUCACAGCACACACAUUACACACACCGACACUACACACCCCAUCAUCCUGAUGAAGAGAGAAAGGUCUAUUCUCUGCAUCUUUCCAUGAAAUGCAUAUGAACUAUGCAUUUGUACAUAUGAAUUUUAUAAUUAUCUUAUAAUUCUUUUAUUUUAUGAUACAAUGU